AAGUCGGAAGCCACCAUGUCUGAGCUGGUGCCAGAAUCCCGGCAAAAACCAGUCGUGCCAAUGAAACCUGUUGGCAUUAAUUCUAACCUGUUGGGCUACAUUGGGAUUGACACCAUCAUAGAGCAAAUGCGCAAGAAGACCAUGAAAACUGGAUUUGACUUCAACAUCAUGGUUGUAGGCCAAAGUGGAUUAGGAAAAUCAACACUUGUAAACACCCUGUUUAAAUCCCAAGUGAGUCGCAAGUCUUCAGGCUGGAACCGUGAGGAGAAGAUUCCUAAGACAGUGGAAAUCAAGGCAAUUGGACAUGUUAUUGAAGAAGGGGGAGUGAAAAUGAAGCUGACCGUCAUUGACACACCUGGCUUUGGUGACCAGAUCAACAAUGAAAACUGCUGGGAGCCCAUCGAGAAAUAUAUCAACGAGCAGUAUGAGAAAUUCCUGAAGGAGGAGGUGAAUAUUGCAAGAAAGAAACGAAUCCCAGACACGAGAGUCCACUGUUGCCUCUAUUUUAUCUCUCCCACAGGCCACUCCUUGCGACCUUUGGAUAUGGAAUUCAUGAAACAUUUAAGCAAAGUAGUCAAUAUCAUCCCAGUUAUUGCCAAGGCAGACACUAUGACUCUGGAGGAGAAGACUGAAUUCAAGCAGAGGGUCCGGAAGGAACUGGAAGUCAAUGGAAUUGAGUUUUAUCCCCAGAAAGAGUUUGAUGAGGAUCUUGAGGAUAAAACAGAGAAUGACAAAAUCAGGGAAAGUAUGCCAUUUGCAGUGGUGGGAAGUGACAAGGAAUAUCAAGUGAAUGGAAAAAGGGUCCUUGGCAGGAAGACGCCCUGGGGAGUCAUUGAAGUGGAAAAUCUUGGUCAUUGUGAAUUUGCUCUACUCCGAGACUUUGUCAUUAGGACCCACCUUCAAGACCUGAAGGAAGUCACGCACAAUAUCCACUAUGAGACUUACAGGGCUAAACGACUGAAUGACAAUGGGGGGCUCCCCCCAGUGACCAUAGAGACAGAAGAAAACCAUGAAAGUAAUAUGUGA